AAGAAUUUCACAGAUCUGAAGAUAGAGACCGAUAUGGAGGUGAAGAAUUGCCGUUCGCAGUAGCUACUUCGGGAUUGCAAAUGGAUUUUAAGACAGAAGAACCUACAGCAAGAGCACUAUAUGACGAAAUUUUACAAACUGCUUUUUUGCGUGUUAUUAGUAAUAAUACACGAAAAAAAAGUAGACCACAACUAAUUGAAGAACAUGAGAAUAGACUAAAUUACUUUGAUCAUGCUUAUAAUAAGAAUUUAUUUGUUGUUUACAACACUUAUGAACAAAAAUACAUUAAACCGACACCAAGAAUCAAGUUUACAAUCGAAAAUAGAAUAUCAAUAAAAAAUUUACGAGUAAAUGAAGAAAAUUAUGGAAAAUUUUUAGUAUGUCGAGUAAUAGCAAGGUGUAUGAAAAUAAAUGCCCUUUUAACUAUCGUAGAAGACCCAGAAGGUGACGUGGAACGACUUGCUUUAUAUAAUUUUAAUCCGAAAUCAACUGCACAAGAAAAAGGACCAAUGAAACCACUUUCUGUCGAUCAAGCCUCAAAGUAUUUGCCUAUUGGCACACAGAUUAUUAUUGCAAAUCCAUCUUAUCAAAUUGCUGGUGACGGAAACGCUAUUAUUUAUUCAGAUAAUCCGGAUGAUGUUAUCAUAGUCGUUGAUAGUAAUGUUCAACUACCCGAUGCAGCAUGGGCCACGAAUCGACCAAAAGAAAGGUGUACUAAUUUUGAAGAUAGAAAAUCUGUUGAUGAAUUUCGUUGUCGUGGAAACGAUUAUUUUAUUUCAAAUGAUUUUAUGGCAGCGAUUCGUGAAUAUUCCGGUGGUAUUAAUUUAGAACCACAUCACACUGCAUUGCUUGCAAACCGUGCCGAAACUUAUUUGAGAUUACAAAAAUUUAAAAAUGCACUUGAUGAUGUAGAAGUAGUUCUUAGACUUGAGCCUGGCCACUUGAAAGCUGCUUUUCGAAAGGGUAAAGCACUUUGUGGUCUUAAACGUUAUCAAGAAGCUAUCAUCGUACUCCGAGAUUUGUAUAAGAGGAUAAAAAAUCAUAAUGAUCGUGGUGAGAACGUCUCGAUUAAACAAAGUGUUGUGGAAUUAUUGAAACAUGUAGAAGUGCUAGCUGGCGAAAGUCAGAAUGGAAAAUAUGAUUAUAUACGUAUUAUUGAUGAACUACAUGAAAAAUCUAAAAUUAAAGAUAAUAGAAUUAAUAAAAUUGGUAAUACCUGGAUCCAUCAAGAAGGACCAAGAUUGGAUCAUGCAGAUUACUUAAACGACGAGAUUGAAAUUCGUAUUGCAGAAGGAAAAGGAAGAGGUUGGUUUGCUAAGCAUGAUAUUCCAGAGCAUACCCUUUUGAUUGCCUCUAAACCGUUUGAAAUUACAUACUACGAUGAAGCACCUGAGCAUACACGAUCUAUUAUUUCCAAAAUUGUACCACCAGGUUGUAUCAUUGACUCAUCUGUAGUAGUAGGAGUAGAAUUAAUGAUUCGUAUCACUCAAAAACUUUUAGUAGAACCAGAACGUUGUCGUGAAUUUUAUCAAUUGUAUUGUGGACCAAAUUUAGUACCUAUGGAAAAACUUAGUGAAGAGAUGUUAUAUUGUGUGGAUGUUAAUAGAAUUAUGAAAAUUUUUGCAUACGAUAGUUUUGAGCAAAUUGAUAGAACAAAUAAUAUUAAACGUGGACAUGGCGGAAUAGGAAUAUGGAUCAUGCAAUCUUAUUUUAAUCACACAUGCGUCGAUGCAAAUGUUUACAGGCUUUUCUUUGGAAACUUGAUGUUUAUACGAACCCUUCGACCUAUUUCAAACGGAGAGGAACUAGUUAUCUGUCAUUACGAUUUGACACUUCCGUAUGAAAGACGAGCACGUUAUCUUAAAUCAAUGGACAUAGAAUGUCAAUGCCGACUUUGCAUGUUGGAUAUGUCAGAAGGACAAGUUAAAUUUCGUCGGGAAAAACUCAUCAAUGAUUAUAAAAAUUUGCUUGCCGAUCCUUCUAAAAUCAAAGAAUUAGAAAGUAUAGUUACCGAAUUGCGCAGUAUUCGAAAAGAACAUCCUGAAUUAGAUCCUCGAUCAUUAGAGCCAAGUACAAACCUAGCAUUUGUCUAUGUAAAUCGAGGAGAUUUCAGAAACUCACUUCCUAUUCGUAAAGAAAUAUACAAUUAUUCAAAUGAUGCAGUAUUGUACCGCACAAGCGUUGUAUUAGGAAUUUCAUUUGAUUAUUGUGCACUUGGAAAGAGGAAACAUGCAAAAUUAUGGUUUGAUAAAAUUUUGAGGGAAUUUGCCGAGUAUAUAAGAGGCAAAUUUAAUGAUGAUGAGAUUAAUUGGAGAAAAGAAGCAUUAAGCUUGUUGGAAAGGUUUACACCAAAUGAUUUUUUAUGUGCAAAACGUCUGAAUUUGGC